UUUAAUUGGGUUUAUUUAGAUUUUGUUGUGCACAGAAACUGUUUUCCAAAUCAGUCUGGUUUUUCUGUUUCGUUUUCUUUCUGUCAAUUUUUAUAUACUGUUUUUCCAACACAGGUGACGGAGCUCGGCGACGGAAUCUUCGUCGGAUGCACCGUCAAUCACGCCGUCACGGACGGCACGUCGUUCUGGAACUUCUUCAACACCUUCGCCGAGAUCUGCAGAGGAGCCAAGAACAUCUCCAAGUCGCCGGACUUUUGCCGGAACACCGUCUUCGAUUCUCCGGCGGUUCUCCGGUUCCCGGAGGGCGGACCGUCGGCGACUUUUUCCGGCGACGAGCCGUUGAGGGAACGAAUCUUCCAUUUCAGCAGAGAAUCGAUCCUGAAGAUGAAACUGAAAGCCAAUAAAAAACUAACCACCGAAAUUAUUGGGAAACAGUGUAACGACAGUUGGACGGUCACUAACGGCGUGAUUAACGGAAAUCGGACGGCUGAGAUUUCAUCGUUCCAGUCGCUCUGCGCUCAGCUGUGGCGCUCGGUGACACGCGCUCGGAAACUCGAUGGACAUAAAACGACGACGUUUCGUAUGGCGGUUAACUGUCGCCAUCGGCUGGAGCCGCGGCUCGACCCGUUGUAUUUCGGAAACGCGAUACAGAGCAUCCCGACCGUUGCUUCAGUAGGUGAACUCUUAUCUCGGGAUUUGAACUGGAGCGGGGAUCUGUUGCACCAGAAUGUUGUUGCGCACGACGAUGCUACGGUGCGCAGGGGGGUGAAGGAUUGGGAGAGUAACCCUAGGUUGUUUCCGCUAGGGAACCCCGACGGUGCAUCAAUCACGAUGGGUAGCUCUCCGAGAUUUCCGAUGUACGACAAUGAUUUCGGGUGGGGCCGACCCAUGGCGGUGAGGAGUUUUUGA